AUGACGUCACUGAGUUUUGCCGCUCUAGUGCGCCAUCCUCGCUCGCCUUAACCCUUUGAGCGCUAGAGGCGAGGUGGCUGCGGGAGCGUUUCGCGGGGAAGGUUCACACGUGCCUUAGGUGGGAACGGGGGCUCUUCCCGUGCAAAAGCAGAGGGAGGAAGGGGAGACCCGGGCCCACCCUCCUCCGGGCCUCAUCCCGGGUCCCAUGUUCUCCAGCCGCCCUCUCGCAGGGGGAAGCGGAGCUCCAGAGCAUCAUCAGCAACAAAAGAACUGGAGAUCGCAGUAAGGCAGCGGCCCCUCCAGCUGCCUCUUUCCCGGCCCUGCUCGAGGGAGGGGAGGGACCCCGGCCUUGCGCUCGGCUGGCCCGUUGGCACUCGGACAGGUUGGGUGAGGGUGCAUUCACAGCUUCUGGUGGCAGGUCGUUCCACUGGUUAAUUGUUCUAACUGUCAGGAGACUUCUCCUUAGUUCUAGAUUGCUUCUCUCUUUGGUUAGUUUCCAGCCGUUGCUUCUUGUCCUGCCUUCAGGUGGUGAAAUUCUAGUUUCUAAUUCUUGGUAUUUAUUUUUUGUUUUCCCACAUAACACAAACUCGAAGCGAUUUGCAGUUUUUUUCUCAUGGGCAAAGAGGGCAGAAAAAACCUGCUGUGGUCAGUCCUGCAGGAACAGAAACCAUCCUAUGAAUGAAAAGGUGUUUGGAGAUCCAUAAAGAGUCCUUGAACACGUUUGGAGUUGCUCUACAGAACAGCGAAGGAAUGGAGACGCAGCCUUUAAUAAAGGAGGGAACUGGAAGUAGCCCUUCAGCUCUUCAGCCUGGGAACCGUGGGAGGCUCUGGGCAAGAACUGGGCAGAAGAUCCUGGAGGAGGAAACCAUCAUCCAUUCAGAAGUUCAGCCCUGGAAGUUCAGGAGCCUCCAAUACCAGGAGGCUGAGGGUCCCCGAAGACUUUGCAGCCGACUCUACGACACUUGUAGGCGAUGGCUGAGACCAGAAAAGCACACCAAAACCCAGAUGCUGGACCUGGUUGUUCUGGAGCAGCUCCUGGCUGUCCUGCCCCCAGAGUUGGAGAGCUGGGUGAGGGAGUGUGGAGCAGAGACCAGCUGCCAGGCGGUGGCCCUGGUGGAAGGCUUCCUUCUGAGCCAGGCGGAAGAGCAGAAGGAGCAGGUCGAGUUGAAGUCCUUCACUGUGGAGAUCAGAGAUUCUGAAGGAAGGAGGAAUCCCUCAAAUCUCCCUGAGGAUCUGUUGUUCAAGAAGGUACCUCAGGAAGACUCAUGCCAGGACACCUUGAAAGGAAAACAUAGAAUGGAGUUUCCUGGUCUUUCUGGUGAAGCUGAAACCGUGGUUGAACAAGAGGGUCUUGUGUCCUUUGAGGAGGUGGCUGUGUAUUUUUCUGAGGAGGAGUGGUCUCAGCUGAAUCCUGAACAAAAAGCGCUGCAUUGGGAAGUUAUGCUGGAAAAUCACAGGAAUGUGGCCUCUCUGGGUAAUAAUGGGCAGGAGAAUCAAGGUUCCUUUGAACUGUUCCAAGUGAUCACUGCUGGAGAUGGAACACAGAAGUUUGCAAUUCAGAAAAAAGGAGAAAGACUUGAAAGAAACCAGCUAAGUAAUUGGAAUCAGGAAAGCUCAUCUUCCAUUCAUGCCUCAAUGCAAGACUUUUUUGCCCAACAAGGGAAUAUAAAGAAAUAUAUUAGAAAUAGCGUGAAACUAAUCAAAGCUAAAUUACACGUCAAUGAACACCCUCCAGUCCAAAACAAACAAGAUGAUGUAAACAGACACAAUGGAAAAAAUUACAAUGAGUUUUUCACUCUUCCCCUUGGAGAUAGGUCCCUUAUAUCUCAAAAAGGGAUCCACAUAGAAGAGAAGCCUUAUGAAUGUGUGGAAUGUGGAAAAAGCUUCAGAACAAGCAAUCAACUUACUUUCCAUAAAGUGAUCCACACAGGACAGAAGCCAUAUAAAUACAUAAAAUUUGGAAAGACUUUUGCUCACAAGAGUAAAUUUACCAUCCAUAGAAGGAUCUACCCUGGGGGAAAGCAAUAUAAAUAUUUGGAGUAUGGAAAGACCUUCGCUCAAAGGGGUGGUCUUAUUUCCCAUAAAAGGAUCCACACAGGGGAGAAGCCAUUUAAAUGCAUGGAGUGUGGAAAGAUCUUUGCUCAUAGCUGUCAUCUUAAUUACCAAAGCAAGAUCCACAUGGGGGAGAAGCCAUAUAAAUGCAUGGACUGUGGAAAGACCUUUGCUCACAGACGUAUUCUUAUUUCCCAUAAAAGGAUCCACUCAGGGGAGAAUUCAUAUAAUUGCAAGGUGUGUGGAGAGACCUUUACUCGUAGAAGUGAACUUACUAAUCACAAUAGGAGCCACACAGGGGAAAAGCUACAUAGUUGCAAGGAAGGUGGAAAGUGGAUCAGAAGAAAACCUUCGCUUAUUCUCCAUGAGAUGAUCCACACCAGGCCAAAGGCAUUUAUAUGUCUGCAGUGCGGAAAGGCCUUUCGGACGAAUUAUCAACUUACCCUCCAUAAAAGGAUCCACACAGGAGAGAAGCCAUAUAAAUGCUUGGAGUGUGGAAAGACCUUUGCUCAGAGCACUCAUCUUAAUUCCCAUAAGAAGAUCCACACAGGGGAGAAGCCUUAUAAAUGCAUGGACUGUGGGAAGGCCUUUCCUACGAGGACUAAACUUACAAUCCAUAAAAAGAUCCACACAGGGGAGAAACCGCAUAAAUGCAUGGACUGUGGGAAGGCCUUUGCUGAGAGGAAUCAUCUUAAUUCCCAUAAAAGUAUCCACACAGGGGAGAAACCACAUAAAUGCAUGGAGUGUGGGAAGGCCUUUGCAUAUAGAAGUGGACUUACUAAACAUAAUUGGAUUCACACAGGCGAGUUGCGAUAUAAAUGCAUGGAGUGUGGAAAGAACUUUGCUUAUAGAAGUGAACUUACUAAACAUAAUUGGAUCCACACAGGGGAGAAGCCAUAUAAAUGCUUGGAGUGUGGGAAGAGCUUCACUCGGAGGGGUUAUCUUACUUCCCAUAAAAGGAUUCACACAGGAGAGAAGCCAUAUAAAUGCUUGGAGUGUGGAAAGACCUUUGCUCAGAGCACUCAUCUUAAUUCCCAUAAGAAGAUCCAUACAGGGGAGAAGCCUUAUAAAUGCAUGGACUGUGGGAAGGCCUUUGCUACGAGGACUAAACUUACAAUCCAUAAAAAGAUCCACACAGGGGAGAAACCGCAUAAAUGCAUGGACUGUGGGAAGGCCUUUGCUUAUAGAAGUGGACUUACUAAACAUAAUUGGAUCCACAUGGGGGAGAAGCCAUUUAAAUGCAGAGAGUGCGGAAAGACUUUUGGUCGUAGUGGUAAUCUUAUUUCUCAUAAAAGGAUCCACACAGGAGAAACACCAUAUAGUUGCAAGGAGUGUGGAAAGAGGUUCAAAACAAAAUCUUCCCUUACAUACCAUGAAAUGAUCCACACAAGGCAAAAGGCAUUUAAAUGUGUGCAAUGUGGAAAGGCCUUUUGGACGAAUUAUGAACUUACCCGCCAUAAAAAGAUCCACACAAGGGAGAAGCCAUAUAAAUGCUUGGAGUGUGGAAAGACCUUUGCUCAGAGCACUCAUCUUAAUACCCAUAACAGGAUCCACACAGGGGAGAAGCCAUAUAAAUGCACGGAGUGUGGAAAGACCUUUGCUCACAGCAGUAGUCUUAUUUCUCAUAAAACGAUCCACACAGAAGAAAAGCCCUUUAGUUGCAAGGAAUGUGGAAAGUGGCUCAAAACAAAAUCUUCCCUUAUACGCCAUGAAAUGAUCCACUCACACCAGAAGGCAUUUAUAUGUGUACAAUGUGGAAAGGGCUUUCGGAGGAAUUAUGAUCUUACCAUCCAUAAAAGAAUCCACACAGGGGAGAAGCCAUAUAAAUGCACAGAAUGUGGAAAGACCUUUGCUCAGAUCGGUGGUCUUAUUUCCCAUAAAAGGAUCCACACAGGAGAGAAGCCAUAUAAAUGCAUGGAAUGUGGAAAGACCUUUGCUCAUAGCAAUAGUCUUAUUUCUCAUAAAACGAUCCACACAGGGGAAAAGCCCUAUACUUGCAAGGAAUGUGGAAAGUGGUUCAAAACAAAAUCUUCCCUUACACGCCAUGAAAUGAUCCACAAGGCAUUUAUAUGUGUACAGUGUGGAAAGGGCUUUCGGGGGAAUUAUCAACUUACCCGCCAUAAAAAGAUCCACACAAGGGAGAAGCCAUAUAAAUGCUUGGAGUGUGGAAAGACCUUUGAUCAGAGCACUCAUCUUAAUACCCAUAACAGGAUCCACACAGGGGAGAAGCUAUAUAAAUGCAUCGAGUGUGGAAAGACCUUUGCUCAUAGCAGUAGUCUUAGUUCUCAUAAAAUGAUCCACGCAGAGGAAAAGCCCUAUAGUUGCAAGGAAUGUGGAAAGUGGCUCAAAACAAAAUCUUCCCUUAUACGCCAUGAAAUGAUUCACACAAAUCAGAAGACGUUUAUAUGUGUACAAUGUGGAAAGGGCUUUCGGAGGAAUUAUGAUCUUACCAUCCAUAAAAGAAUCCACACAGGGGAGAAGCCAUAUAAAUGCACAGAAUGUGGAAAGACCUUUGCUCAGAUCGGUGGUCUUAUUUCCCAUAAAAGGAUCCACACAGGAGAGAAGCCAUAUAAAUGCAUGGAAUGUGGAAAGACCUUUGCUCAUAGCAAUAGUCUUAUUUCUCAUAAAACGAUCCACACAGGGGAAAAGCCCUAUACUUGCAAGGAAUGUGGAAAGUGGUUCAAAACAAAAUCUUCCCUUACACGCCAUGAAAUGAUCCACAAGGCAUUUAUAUGUGUACAAUGUGGAAAGGGCUUUCGGGGGAAUUAUGAUCUUGCCAUCCAUAAAAGAAUCCACAUUUAUAUGGGAUAAGCCAUAUAAAUACACAGAAUGUGGAAAGUCCUUUGCUCAGAUCAGUGGUCUUAUUUCCCAUAAAAGGAUCCACACGAGAGAAGCCCUAUAAAUGCAUAGAGUGUGGAAUGAGCGUCAGUUUGUGUGAUUGUCUUACUUGCCAUAAAAGGAUUCACACAGAUGCCAUAUAAAAUUGUGGAAUGUGGAAAGGGUUUCUACAAAAAUAGAUCACUUACAUAAAAAGAUCUACACAGUAGAAAAUCCUUAUAAAAGCAUCAAGUUUGGAAAGAUCUUUACUCAGACCAGUCAUCUUGCUUCCCAUAGAAGGAUCCACAUGGGAGAGGAUGUAGAAAUGUGUGAAGUGUGGGGAAAAGCUUCAAUCAUAAUAGUUCCCUUACAUAUCACAAAAGAAUCCAUACAGAACAGAAAUUAUAUAAAUAUGAGUGGCUUGGGAAGAGUUUCAGGAGAAGUAAUGUCCUAAUUUUUCAAUAAACAUAUAUUUGGAUGAGAA